AUCUCAUCAGAAACAGUCCAAAACCGCUUUACCCCACACGCAGCUUCGCUCAGCCCCAGGCGCUCCUCUUCUGCUCGUCUCUCCGGAGGUUUUGAGAUCGAGAGUUAAAGAAGAACCAAGCCACACUCAUUUCACCGCCUAAGAGACGGGAAAAUUGUACUGAGAAAGCGAAACCUAAAUUUCUCCUUCCCCUCUCCUCCAGCGACCAUGAGAAGAAGCCCUAAAUCCUUCGGCUCUCGUCAUCUUCGAUUCGCGGUUCUGUUAGUGCACCGUUGCGAUUAGAAGGUUUUUGGACUGCAAAAAAUGAGUGGCUUAUUUAAUGGGCAAAUUUUGGUGGAGAAGCUUGGGAAGCUCAAUAGUUCGCAGCAGAGCAUAGAAACUUUAUCACAUUGGUGUAUAUUCCAUAGAAAUAAUGCAAGGCAAGUUGUGGAAACAUGGGAUCGGCAAUUUCGUUGUGCUCCAAGAGAUCAGCGAGUAUCAUUUCUAUAUCUUGCCAAUGAUAUUUUGCAGAACAGUAGGCGAAGGGGUUUAGAGUUCAUUAAUGAAUUCUGGAGGGUUCUUCCUGGUGCACUUAAUGAUGUAUUUGAGAAUGGGGGAGAGUUUGGAAGAAACACUGUACUGAGACUGGUUGACAUAUGGGAAGAACGUAAAGUCUUUGGUUCUCGUGGACAAAUUCUUAAGGUAGAGCUUUUGGGAAGGAAUCAAGAGGGUAGAAAUAGAAAUGGAAAGGGCAUCAGUUACAAGUUGAAGCCGCCUAGUGCAGAACUACUGGAGAAGCUCAUUUCAGGUUAUGGCCAUGUUUAUGAUAUGGAUGAAGAUGCUUUAUUUGGAAAAUGCCAGACUGCAAUUAGCUUUGUUGAGAAAGUGGAAAAGGACUUCAACUCAGGUAAUAUCAAUGAAUCUGCAACUGCGGCGGACUUGCAGCUGCAGCAUGGCAUACUAAAAGAAUGUAUAGAACAACUGAAAGCUGCUGAAUCAUCUAGAGCCACUCUUUUAUCCCAUUUAAGAGAGGCACUCCAUGACCAGGAGUUGAAGAUUGAAAAAGUCCAUAAUGAACUUCAGGCUGUGCAAUCACGAUAUGAACAAGCUGACAACAUCUACCAGCAGCUACUCAGCCACAACAUCAGACGGUCGCCCCCUGAGCAGACACCAAGGGAGUCAUCAUCGCCCUUCUUCGAUGCCCCUCCUGGUUUUGUCCCGCAGUCCAGUGUUGGUGACGGAGACAAAGCACCAUCAACCCCAGUCAGGUACAGCCAGGAGGGACCUCUCGCUAAUAAUGAUUCUUCUCAUACAGAAGAGCACCGGAAAACAGCUGCUGCUUCAGUGGCAGCAAAGCUUGCAGCAUCCACCUCGUCUGCCCAGAUGCUCAGCUACGUCCUCUCCUCCCUGGCUUCGGAGGGCGUCAUCAGCCAGACUGUGAAAGAGUACCCUUCUGACAACAAGAGGCCUAAACUAGAGAAUGAUGUGCCUUCUUACAUGCCACCACCUCAGUCUCAGACCCAGUCUCAGACUCAGCCACCCCCUCCACCAUUCCCACAUCCUGAUAUGCUGCAUCAGCCGCCACCACCACCAUCACCGUUACCGUCCAUGAGUCAACCAAUCCCCAGUGUUCAGCCACCACUACCACCAACUUCAUUGCCACUUGUACCUCCACUACCAACCACCACACAGCUUAUGCAAGCUGCUGCUGGACCUAUGACUGCGGUGCCCUUCAGUUACGGCUCAGCCCCGCUGCCUCUGCCUGGCUACCCGGUGGUUGGCAUGCCUCCUUACUCGAGCGUGCCAAAUCCCUACCAUGGUUUCCAGGCUUCAGAUGCUGUUGGUGGUCUCUUUAGCCAACCACCAUUGCCAACAGCACCACCACCAAUGACUCGGCAAUGAUAAGCUGGAGAGUGGUCGAGCACAAGGAACAAUAUGAUGAUUGAAUGAUGCGGAGCUCUUACAAGUGGCUGAUAUGAACUGUUGUUGCAUCUGAAGAAUUCUGUUGGUCGUGUUCACAUUGUAUGCUUCAUUCUGAUUAACUUGUAUACAUGUACAUCAAGUCAUAUCAUCUAAAGUGUUAGAGGUGUUGAAGAGAGUUAUUUAACCAAAGAUGGAUUGAAAAUUUAGAUUUGAUAGAUAAGUGAAGCAAAACUUUAAUCUAGAGAAAGAAGUUUGAGUUUUGAAAA